AUGACCAGCAGGAAAACGCACCACACCGGCACUCAAUUCGGCUACGUGCUAGCAGGGGGCAGUCCCACAGCUGAGUUACGACGCGUUGCGUUCCACCGACCGCACCGCAACCGCCGCAACUCGGCGCGGCCGGUCAUCGUGGGGAGCAACGCCGCUGGUGACGUCGCGCCGGCUGUCGGGUCACGCUUGUCGACAUAUGGCAACAUUUCACCGUCGUCACAAUUGCACCAUCUGAAGUCGUUCCCGAUGAGUGCAGCAGAUGGUUCGGAACCGGGUGAACCCGGCGACGGUCCCGAUCCGAGAGCGAACGAAGAGGAGAGGUAUCGUCUGAAGAUAGCUGUAUUGCAAGAGUAUUACGAUGCGGUUGCACUGCAAACUGUCCGCAUACGUGAGAGAAUAUAUCAAGUGAAGAAGCAAUGUCGAAGAUUAGAAGCGAUGAAGCGUGUCGCGUUGAAUAUGCUCCAUCAAAAUACUGGCACGUAUGAGAUUCCACCGCUUGAGAUUAUUGACGAGCGUAUGUUCUUUUGCAAAUGGCAUCUUCCUUUAUGGCCUCAUUCGGGUCUGGAUCCUGCUCCGUCAUUCUUGGAAUCCGUGCACAGACAGCAACAUACUCCCCCAGAAACGCCGCGUAAAAAGUCAAAGCGGCCUUCUCGGAGUAAAUCAGAUGGCAAGCUGACAGCUGAAGAGGAAGAACGUGCUAAGCAAAAGAUAUGUAGUAUAAUCGACAGUGUGUACAGUGAAACUGCCAAAAGAAUGCAAACUGUCCGCAUACGUGAGAGAAUAUAUCAAGUGAAGAAGCAAUGUCGAAGAUUAGAAGCGAUGAAGCGUGUCGCGUUGAAUAUGCUCCAUCAAAAUACUGGCACGUAUGAGAUUCCACCGCUUGAGAUUAUUGACGAGGAUCCUGCUCCGUCAUUCUUGGAAUCCGUGCACAGACAGCAACUUACUCCCCCAGAAACGCCGCGUAAAAAGUCAAAGCGGCCUUCUCGGAGUAAAUCAGAUGGCAAGCUGACAGCUGAAGAGGAAGAGCGUGCUAAGCAAAAGAUAUGUAGUAUAAUCGACAGUGUGUACAGUGAAACUGCCAAAAGAAUGCCUUCUCGGAGUAAAUCAGAUGGCAAGCUGACAGCUGAAGAGGAAGAGCGUGCUAAGCAAAAGAUAUGUAGUAUAAUCGACAGUGUGUACAGUGAAACUGCCAAAAGAAUGGGCGAUACGCCAAAAAGACCGAUGCGCAGCAUUAAUGCUGUGGGAUCGUCGGGUCAGUACGAUAUUGUGAAGCGCCCUCGUAGAUUAUUCAGCGCGGAAAUUAAAUCAGAAGAAGGAAGCAUGAGGGAUGGAAGUAGCAGUGCAAGUGCUGAACAUGCAAACGAUGAUGGUUGUCGACCAAGUAGUUCGUCAACACGCUUUAAUGGACAUCCUGAAGCCUAUAUGGAGGAAGCAGAAUCUGAUACAUCUUCGAUGGUUCCCUACAGCGAAGCGAAUAGUGACUCAUCAAUUGAUCUCACCUAUAAUAGCCUGCCUCUUGAACAUCACAUGCGAUAUGAUCCUGUUGAAGGGACCACUCAGUCAAUCACUUAUCAUAACAUGACUACGGCCUUGUACGAUGGAGCAGUUAGCUACAGUGACAAUUCCGAUCGAGCCCCAAGUUACGAGAAUUUGGUUAACACUGUCUACGACUCUUCUCUUGUUACAGUCCAGCCGUUAGACUACAGUGAUGAAAAGAUCACCGUGAGAUCCACAUCUUACAUGGACAGCACUAUCCUGCCUAUUAAUCGUGCGUUAUUUCAUGGAACAGGAGAAAGCUCUGCAAUUUACACAAACGCAGCCACCUAUGCGAAUACUUCAGUAACCAUGAGCUACAAUGAGAAUCUCAAUCCUGCUUCUGUGCUGGAUUAUCCGGAAGAUAUUGCCGUGAUGCCCGUGAGUUUCCCGGCAAUCACACCAGCAGUGCUCAAGGGCUGUCCUGACAAGACCCCGGACAAAAGCGAAACUUCAAAGUCCCCUACCGAGCUCUGCGACAGCAAAGAAACGGUGGCGUCUACAGUUGUGUGCAGUAGAAUGAUUGCCGUUGAAAACACAAAGCCAGUUGAGGUGAUUGCCGUCGACUCAUCCGGUGAUGAAGUUUCUUCUCCCAAGCCAUUGCCAAAACGUCGUCGUAAGUACAAAUAUGUGGUCGAGAGCGUCCUCGACAAUGUGCCGUACACAUUUCGCCAAGCUGAAUCUGAUGACGACGAGUCCACCGAGAAGCAUAGCGUCUCAGCAAAUGAAUCGCAUGAAUAA